GUAAAGCUUUCCUAAACAUUUAAACCGCCAUCUCACAAAAUUUAUUGUGAGAUUUUUUUUCCAACUGUACAUGAGCUAUGGCAACCGAAACUGAGAUUCCUGAAUCUGUUUACUUAAAGAAAGGUGAAAGGGAGGAUAAUGUGUUAAGUGAAAAUUUGGAAGAAAAGGUUACAGAACUUAGCAACCAAGUGAAGCAACUUGAAUCUAGUAGUCAGCCACUUGAAACUAGUAGUCAAGUGGCAGAAACUGUAAAUACAUUAGAAACUGGUAAAGCGACCAACGAGAGUGAAACUUUUAUCCCAGCACUCUCAGUUCCCAUGGUCACUAGCAACACACUAGAAAGUUGUGAGGCCACUACAACAGAAGAAGAAAGUAAGACGUUCAAGAUUGAAGACUUCAAAGAAGGGAAACCAAAUAUCGAUGAACAAGUUGAAGCUGUUUCGACAAUAGCAGAACCUGAAGAAGCUACAGAGAAUGAAGAAAAGUAUGAUGAAAAGGCUAUUGAGAAGAAUGAAUCUGAGGGGAUCGGCCCAGACAAGGCUGACUCUGAAUUAGGAUUAAAACUAUCUGAAAGCAUGUCGUCAAGUAAGAAAGAAGUUCUUGACAUUUUAGAGAAAAAUCAAGGACAAAAUGAUGAUGUUCCAAGCUCACAAGAUGGAACCCAUGAUGAUCUAAAUGAAACAACAACCACUGAACACGAAACCACAAUGGCCGAUUUCAAGGAGCAAGAUCCAAGUGAAAAGCCUAGAGAGUUCCUCAAGGAAGAAACAGAGGACAUAUUAACUGAUGCUUGCAUCUCAACACAAACAACACCUGAAGUGAAAGUUACAGAACACGAUGAAAAGGAUGAAAAAGAAGCUGGAAAACCCGACAGUCCCGCAAUCAAGGAAGUAUGUGAAGAAACUGGUAAAAACGUCGAGUAUCAAGAACAGGCGGUCAAUUUGUUAGAAAAAGGUAAAGAUAUUGAAUUGGAACAAGAGGUAACAAAAGACCAAGGAAAGGAUGAAGUUAUAGAUGUUAAAGACGGCACAUUUGAAGGAGGCUUUGAAGAAAAGAUUCAACAAUGUGAAGAUAAUGACCAUGAAGUUGCUAAAGCUAAAGAAAGCAUAGAGGAAGAUACUAAAGAAGUCGGAACUGUUGAGGCAGCAGAAAAAACGGAGCAACAAAUGACAAAUGUCAUUCCGCCUGAUGUUUGUAUCGCAACGCAUAUAGAACCUGAAGAAAAAGUUACAGAAAAUGAAGUAAGGAAUGAUGAAAGGGCAAAUGAGAAUGAUGAUGGUCAGACGAAAAAGUCUGAGAAGGCUGAAUCUGAAGAAGGGUCAAAUUUUCUCGACACUUCCACUAUCACAUCGAAAGAAAAUGAAACAGCAAGCCAUGAUGAAGAUCAACAAAAGGAACAGGAGCUUUAUAUGUCAGAAAAAGGGCAAACACAAUCUCUAGCUGAAGAAGAGCAUGAAGAAGAGGUCAUUGAGAUCAAAGAUGAUCAAAAAGAAAACUGCGACAACGUCUUAACCAAGGAAGCAUUCAAAGAGACCGACUCUGAGAAAGUUAAAUCUGAAAGUGUAGAAGUUUCUGACAGUUCCAAUAUUGAGCUAAACGAAAAGGCAGUGGCAAUUUUAAGCAAAGAUGAAACUGCAGAAAAGGAACAAGAGCUCAACAUGUCAGAACAGGGCCAAGAAGAGGACGUCGUUACAUGCUCACAAGAUGCAACCCUAAAAGUUGGAGAAAUUAUAAAGGAAAACACCGAAGAGAUAAAAACAGAAAAGGCCGAGCAACAAGGGUUGUUGCAUCCCACUACCACUGAUGAUCGUGUCUCAUCACAAGCAGAGUUACAAGAAGAGGUUAUAAAGAAUGAAGAAAAAGCGAUAGAGGUUGAAGUAAAGGCAGUUCAGAGUGAUGGUGAUCAGAUGGAUAAGUCUGACAACCUCUUUGUCAAGGAAGUGUGUGAAGAGGCCGGCUUAAAAAAGACUGAAGCUGAAGAAGGGAUAAAAAUUUCCGACAGUUCCAAUAUGCUUGUAAGCUCACAGGAUGCAGAACCUGAAGAAGACUUGCAGGAAAAAAGCUGCUACAUUGAAGAUAACAAAACUGAAAUUGUUGAGACUAGAGAAAAUGUAGAUGAAGUCGAAUCAAGUGUUAAAACAGAAGAAGAGACGGGCCAACAAAAGUUGGUGCAUGUCAUUACCACUGAUUCUUGUAGCUCAGCACAAACGGAAAUUGCAGCAGAAACUUUUGAAACUGAUGAAAAGAAUGAAGAGGCUACAGAGAAUAAUGAUGGUCAACUGAAUCUGGAAAGUGCGGUAAAGAAACAAGAGCUUACGAUGUCAGAGGUACAAGGUGGUGAGGAUGAUCUUGAAACCAUACAAAAGGAGGACGAAAAGAAAGCAGAAAUUGGUCAAUAUGCUACCACAGUCGAGGCUGGGAUUUUUGGUGAAACAACUGAAGACAUUAUCAUAGAUGAAGCAAAGGCAAUUGAUGUUCAAGAGGCAAACAUGAAUGAGGAUGGAGAAAAAGAAGAAAUGCCAGAGGGAAUUGUCGAUAAAACUAUAGGCUCAUGUUCGGAAAUUGAGCAAGAUCAACAGACCAAAGAAAUCAUACCAAGUAUUGAAUCAAAUGCAGAAGAGGAUGUUUUUAUCUCAACACAAACAGAAUCUCCAGAAGAGGCUACUAAGAAUGACGAAAAGGCUACUGAGCCAGAUAGUGACAGAAAAGAGAAUUCUCACAAUCCGUUGAUCAAGGAAGCUAGUGAUGAGACUAACUUAGAAAAGUCUGAAUGUGAAAAGCAAACGGAAUUUCCCGAGACAUCUAAUUUGAAUCUAGAUGAGGAUGUCGUUACAUGCUCACAAGAUGAAACCUUAAAAGUUGGAGAAAUUAUAAAGGAAAACACCGAAGAGAUAAAAACAGAAAAAGCCGAGCAACAAGGGUUGUUGCAUCCCAUUACCACUGAUGAUCAUAUCUCAUCACAAGCAGAGUUACAAGAAGAUGUUAUAAAGAAUGAAGAAAAAGCGAUAGAGAUUGAAGUAAAGGCAGUUCAGAGUGAUAGUGAUCAGAUGGAUAAGUCUGACAACGUCUUUGUCAAGGAAGUAUGUGAAGAGACCGACUUAAAAAAGACUGAAGCUGAAGAAGGGCUAAAAAUUUCCGACAGUUCCAAUAUGCUUGUAAGCUCACAAGAUGCAGCACCUGAAGAAGACUUGCAGGAAAAAAGCUGCUACAAUGAAGGUAACGAAACCGAAAUUGUUGAGACUAGAGAAACUGUAGACAAAGUCGAAUCAAGUGUUGAAACAGAAGAAGAGACAGAGCAACAAAAACUGUUGCAUGCCAUAAACACUGAUUCUUGUAGCUCAGCACAAACAAAAAUUCCAGCAGAAACUUUUGAAACUGAAGAAAAGGAUGAAGAGGCUAUAGAGAAUGAUGAUGGUAAAAUAAAUCUGGAAAAUGUGGUAAAGAAACAAGAGCUUAUGAUGUCAGAGGUACAAGGUGGUGGGGAUGAUCUUGAAACCAUACAAAAGGAGGACGAAAAGAAGGCAGAAAUUGGUCAACAUGCUACCACAGUCGAGGCUGGGGAUUCCGAUGAAACAACUAAAGAAAUUAUCAAGGAUGAAGCUAAGACAAUUGAUGUUCAAGAGGCAAACUUGAAUGACGAUGGAGAAAAAGAAGAAAUGCCUAAGGGAAUUGUUGACAAAACUUUAGGCUCAUGUUCGGAAAUUGAGCAAGAUCAACAGACCAAAGAAAUCAUACCAAGUUUAGAAUCUAAUGCAGAAGAGGAUGUUUUAAUCUCAACACAAACAGAAUCUCCAGAAGAGGCUACAAAGAAUGCCGAAAAGGCUACUGAGCCAGACAGUGACAGAAAAGAGAAUUCUCACAAUCCAUUGGUCAAGGAAGCAAGUGAUGAGACUAACUUAGAAAAGUCUAAAUGUGAAAAGCAAAUGGAAUUUCCCAAGACAUCUAAUUUGAAUCUAGAUGAGAAAUCAAUACCAGUUGUAACCAAAGAUGAAGAUCAAGAGAAGGAACAAGAGCUUACGGAUGAAACUGCAGUUUAUGAAGAAAACUUAGAAGAAAAGAAAGAUAUUGAUGAACAAGAACCGCAAAUAAAGAACCAGAAUGAAAGUAAUGAACCCGAACUUGUUGAAACAAGGGGAGAUGAUGAUACUCAAGAAAUCAAAUCAAGUGUCGAAACAAACGAAUGUGCAGAAACAAAACCUAAAGAAGACACUGUAGAGAAUGAAGAAUCGAAGGAUGAAGAUACUACAGAAAAUGACGAUGAUCAAACAAAGAAGUCUGAAAGUCCAAUGGUUAAGGAAGUAUGUGAACCAACAAGCUCAGACAAAGCCGAAUCUGAAGAAGCAGUAAAAGUUUAUGAUAGUCACAGUACGACAAUGGAUGAUAAUGAAAUGAGCAAAGAAGAAAACCUUGAACCGGAACAGGUGACCAAAAUUUCAGAGAUCCAAGGUGAUGAACAUGAUGUUAUAAGCUCACAGAUUGCAUCCAAUGAGGAAACAAAAGAAAACACGAUUGGUCAACAUGCUACCACAGUGGCCUGUUUUGAGGAGGGCCAGGGUGUAAGUGCAGAGACUGAAGAAAUCAUCAAGGAAGAAGCAGAAGAUGAAUCAAUUGAUGCUCAAAAGGCAAGCGAGCAAUGUGAAAUUGACGCAGAAGACAAAGCAGAACAAAAUCCCGAGGAAAGUAUCAACAAAUCUGUGAACUCCUGUUCGGAAAUUGUUGAAGAAAAUGUUAAAAAAGGUGAAGAGACCAACAGGGAAAUACAAGCCGAACUAGAUGCGGAUAGUCAACCUAACAGAACAGUUGAUGGAAGUGAGAUGAAAGAUGAAGUAGUUUCAGCUGAAAAGAUGCCAUUAGAGGUUGGACAAUCUAAGGAACAAUAUGUUGAGGAUAUUCAGACAUGUCCGACUGAAAGCCUCAGUGAAAAGACAGAAGAUGAGAUCACAAAAAAGAACGAACAUUUGUCCUAUGACAAAAUUGAAGAUAAAGAUGGCAAUACCAAUAAAGAAGAUAAGACAUUUCUAGACGGAAGAACAAGAGAGAUUGAAGUCUCUACUUUAGAGCAUGCGCCUGUUGAAGAAAAGAAUGAUGAUCUGGAUGAGGAAUCAAAGGAAAAAGUUACCGAUUUAAUAGAUACCAUGGCGAUAGAGCCUCAAGAAGAUAGCACACCCUCAAACUCGUUAGAAACUUCAACAGAAGACAGUUCAAGUUUAGAGAAGGUAGAAGCAGAAAGUGAAAACUUGUCAAAAGCUGAUCUUGAAUCUGGGUCUGAAGUACAAAUCCCUGAAGUAUUGCCCACAUCAGAAGAGUCGAAGCAGAAAGAAGGGCACCUUGACUUAGAAACAAUAACGCAUGAGGAUGAAGAAAAAGGAAACAUAACAAAUGAUGUGUUAAGUGAUGAGAAACAGGCAACAGAAAUCAUGCAAGAGACUUUCGAGGAGGUAUGUGAAGGGGCUAGCUCGGAAAAGGCUGAAUUAAAAGAAAGUUUAAAACUUUCUGACAGUUCCAAUAUGGAGAUACAAGAGAAAGGUGUAACUUUCCCAGAUGAAGAUCAAGAAAAGGAUCAGGAUGUAAACAUCUCAAUAGAAGGCCAAGGUAAGGAGAAUGUCACAAGCUCUUAUGACGCAGUAUCUGAAAAAGAAAACUUGCAGGAAAGGAGCUACCAAAAUAUAGGCGAUGAACACGAAUUUCUUGAAACUGGGGAAUGCGUAGAUGAAGAUACCAAAGAAACAAAAUCUAGUGUCGAGUCAAAAGAAAAUGAAUUUGAAACUCCCAUGUUUAAAGAAGUGUGUGAAGCAACAACGUCAGAAAAGGCUGAAUCAGAAGACGGGGUAAAACAUCCUGAAGCUUAUGAUACGAAAUCAGACGAGAAUGAAAUAGCGAGCAAAGAGGAAAAUCUUGAAAAAGAUCAGGAGCUGACAAUGUCGGAAGUCCAAGGCAACGUGCAUGAUGCUACAAGCACCAAUGCGGUUAUAAAAGAAACAAUUAUUUGUCAACCUGCCAACACGGUGCAUGAUUUCGAGGAGGGGCAGGAACUGAGUGCAGUGACUAAAGAGAUCAUUGAGGAAGAAGCCAGGGACAAAUCAAUUGAUGCUCAAGAGGCAAACAAGGAGAGUCAGGAUGGAACAAAGAACGAAAGUGAGAAGACAGAAUAUGAGACCACAAAGGAAGAGAACGAUACAUCACUUGACAGUAUCAACGAUACAAAUGAUAAUAAUACUAUUGAAGAAAAAUGCACAUUCGAGCAUGAACCUGUUGAAGAACAAAAUGGUGGUCUUGAUGUAGCAUCGAAAGAAAUACUUACCGAUUUAAAUGAAACAGCUGCAGUGGAACCAGAAGAUAUCACACCCUCCAGUUCCUUGGGAAUUUCAACGGAAGACACUUCGAACUCAGAGAAAGCAAAAUCAGAAAGUGAAAUCUUGGAAAUAGCAAUGCAUGUGGAUGAAGAAAAAAGAACUGCAACAGAAGAAAUUUCAAGUGAACAGGAAUCAGAAAAAUUGCAUAUUUCUACUGAAGAGAAUGUGACCAAGUUGGAACAAACUGCUGAGAAUAGUUCACCAGACGGAGAAAAUGAUACGGAAGAGGAUGUUUCACAAAAAGAUCAACUUAAUAGCACAGAAGUUUGCCGUGAGAAAAUAACGGAUGUCAUCUUAACUAAAGAGAUUGAACAGGUGACUUCGGAAAUACAGAAGGAAAAUGAAACAACAGACUUCGAAGAACAGGUUUUUGACAAAGAGAGUUAUUCACAAAUUCAAAAGGAAAUGGCACACGAGGUCAGUUUAAAUGAACAAAAGGGAAAAGACUUGCAGGUAGCAGAAGGUAUUAGUUGUGAGUCAAAAGUAAAACACGAUAAUGUAGAUCAAAUACCGAACGAAGAACAGAUUCCAUCUCCAGAAGAUGGUGCAAUAGUAGAACCUGAAGUUGAUUUGCAAUCAAAGAUAGAAUCCACUGCUUAUCCAUCAGAAAGCGAGAAGUUGCCCAUACAAACCUCUGAGUUAAUUACUGAAUUAGAAGACUCAAAGGUGAAAGAAGAAUGCAUUGUCUUAGAAACAGCCGGGCAUACAGCUGAAAACAAAGUUGAGGGAGAACAAAUAAUCAGAACUGACAAAAUAUCAAGUGCACCAGAUACAGAAGAGGAAAAUGAAAGAUCAUCAUUUCUUCAAAAUACAGAAGAAAAGUCUGAGGCUUUGGAAUCCAAGUCGGAGCAUAUGACAGAAGAGAAGUUGGAAGUUGUCAAAAUGGAUUUAGAGGAGGAUGUCGCACAAGCACAAGAAGAUCAGAAUAAAGGGAUAGAAGAAAAAGUAGAGACAGAAAAGAAUGUCAUUUUAGCUGAUCAGGUUCUGGAACCAACAAAGGAGAAUGAAAGGAUUGAAGAUGCAGGAGAGUUGCUCGAUAAUACGUCAAUAUCAAAUCAGACACAAUUGACAAAUGAGCAGAUAGAAUAUGCAAAGCCGAUACCAGUCGGACACACUGAAGAGACAGAAAUGAAAGCGGAAAGCCAUCUAGAACUGGAUAAUAUAUCGGCUGCAGAAGAUCUCGACUGUUUUUCAAAAGCAUCUUCCACCUUAGAAGCAUCCAAUACAGAAAGGGACGACAUUACUUUGAAGUCAAUCACAACCAUCAGAGAAGUAAAAGAUGACAGCGUAGAUGUAACCUCAAAAGAUGAAGUAGUUCUGGUUGCAGAAGAUAUCAGGGACUUAGAACUUGAAGCCAACUUACCAGAACUUAAAUCUACUGAUAUUCCCUCAGAUAGCCAAGAUAGCAUGAAAGUCGCAGAAGGCAUACCCUGCAGUACCCAAGAGACUACUGAAGUAAAAGAUGACGAUCUGAUAUCUAAAGUAGAAAAUCAUGAAGCAUUAGUCAAGAUCAUACAGCAAGACCAUACAGAAACAACAAACGACAAAUGUGAUACACCUUUGGCUGAAGUAUCAAGUGAGAAGUUGUUGGAUGAACCGGAAAAGCAUGAUGCCAAGGAUGAUACUGAAGAAAUUGCUGAAGGAAACAAAAAGGCUCUGGAAGAGUCUUACCAAGAUGCAGUGGCAGAAGUGAUGGUCCAGGAGCAGUUUUCACAAACAGAAGAGUUGAAGGAGCUAACUGAGAAACUCGAGUCCGUGAUACCAUCGGAGGAACCUACACCUCCAAUGGAUGAAGAUCAAACAAAUGAACUUACAUUAGAAGCAGAGAACACAAAGGUUGAGCAUGGCAGUUUAAGCAACAAGGAUAAGAAUCCAGAAGUCGUGGAGGAAGAGUUCGCAAAUUCAUUUUCAGAAGAUCAGAGCAUCAAAGAAAGAUAUGUCGAGGAAGAGGUGCAAGGUAAGGGUGGUGUUGAAGAUACGAAGGAAAGAAGUGGAAAUGAAGUAGUGGAAAAUCUUAUCGUGAAUGAGGUUCUUGUGGAAGAUGAAACGACCAAGGAAAAUAUUAGCAGCAAAGACAACAACGAAGAUAAAGCUAUUCAAAAUCAACCAAUGUCAGUAACACAAGAAGUUUCCCAGAUUGAAAGGUUAAGUUCAAGUCCUGAUGAACUCAUUGAAAAAAAAGAUUUGGUUGAAGAUGCUGAAAAACUGAAACUGGUGGCUGAGGACUUGGAAAUAAAGGAUAAAACGUUCACUGUCAUGAAAGAAUCAAAUGAAGCAAUUGAUAUUCCGGCACCAGAAACUGAAAAUUCGGAGAGUAUGGUGACAGAAGAUAAGGAAAAAGAAGCAGAUGCAGACAAAGAGAAAGAACCACUAGAAGAUCCACGGGCAGACGAUCCAGCAGAAGCCGUUUCUGGUUCAAUUUUGAGUUCUUUGGAGCAAGAUAUAAACUUCGGGUCUGAUGAGUACAGGGACCAUGGUGAGGUGAAGAUACCAGAAGAAAAGCCAGCUGAAGCUUUUGAAAUUACAUCUGAAGUGGCUGAAAUAGUCCCUAAUGAUAGAGAAGUUUCUGCAAUUUCAACAGACGGUCUUCCGGAAACUUCCCUUGAGAUGCCGAUAGCAAAACAUGACAUGAAACUUACAACUACACCUGAGAAGAUUGAAGACGAGAUUAAAGAUAAAGAGGCAGCCUGUAAGUCAGUUGAAAAGACAGGAGAACUUAAUGUUUCUAUAUUGAAUUCCAAAAUAGUUGAAGGCAAACAGGAUGGUCCUGAUGAAAUCCAGAAUAAAGAGAAUGAACCAGUUCAACCUCAGAAGCAAGAAAAACUUGUUGAUCCUCCAGAAGUUGAGAUCAAGAAGCAAGAAAGUUUUACUCAAUGUGCUUCACAAGAAUCACCAGAAGAAAUCGCUUUGUUAUCACAGAAUGACAAGAAAAUUGAAGACUCGCCCACUCUACAAUCAGUAGAGGAAGAGAUCAUGCAGAGCCUAGAUAAAGGAUUUGAAGAAGAUCCUGUUGAUGUAGUGAAUAAUGCGGAAUGCUCAGAAGUAGAAUCACCAAAGCUUGACACAAAAAAGGAAACACCGGAAUUUGUUAACGAGGAAAAUCAAAGGGAUCAGAAAUACCAAGUAAAUGAGCACAAAGAGGCUGCAACUCCAACUGAAGAUGUGAAAAGUUCAACACUGGAACUUGAGGUUCCAUCUGCCAUGGAUAAAACAGCUGACAAAGAAAGUAAUACCGAGAAGGAUCCAGAAGAUACGAAGGCUGAAGUGUAUGAGGCAGAAAAAGAAGUUCUAACAGAGAUCGAGUAUCCCGGGUCAACAAUUAGCAUAACCAAACCCACAGAAGAAGUUCCUGGAAUGAAGCAAGAAAUGUUGGAACUUGAUGUACCAACAACUCUUGGUUCUGAAGCUACAGAAGACUCGAUAAUUUCACAAAAACAUGUAACAGAUUUAUCUCAUGAGCAAGCGGAGCCAACUAAACAGUCAUUUACUGCUGAUGCAGAGGAUUUAAACGCCAGUAAGGCUUCCGGAACUGAGGCACAAUACGGCAGCGAAGUUGCCCAAUAUGAGACGAAAACGAGUGAUGAAAAAGAUGAGUUCGAGUUUGCAGAAUCAACAAAAGGAAAGACGGAAGUUGCUGAAAACUUAAACAGAGACUUCGCGCCACCUUUGAGAAAAGAUCAACAAGUAGACAAAGAAAAAACUGUUGACAGUGCAGUAAAAGCGGAUGAAGAAAAUGAAGAAGAUAGCGAAAAGUUGGGUUCAUGCUCUGAUGCUCCGGUUAUGGUAGAAGCAUCAAAAGAUAUGGACGUCAAGGUUCAUAAGAAAUCUCAUAACAUGCUCUCGGGUGUUGGUUCAAAGGUCAAGCAUUCAAUCGCCAAGGUCAAGAAAGCAAUAACCGGCAAGUCGUUUCAUCCAAAACCAACAUCACCAUAACAAAGAGAAAUGGUUCACAAGGAACUCAAUAUUUUUACAUAUUUUUGAAUGGGGAACAAAAGUUUGAUUAUUAGUUUGCAUAUAUACAUCGUGUGUUUGAGUGAAUAUGUAUGAAACAUCUCAGUUUUAUCCUUUUGCAGCUAUUUAGUAAUUUGUUGAAUUUUUCAGUCAA